AUGGCGAUGAAGACGAAGACGAAGAAGGGAGGGACGGGGAGGAAUAAGAGGAACGAGACGAAGCUCAUCGAGGACCCGGCCAAGCGGCAGGUGGCCUUCUCCAAGCGCCGCCCCACGCUCUUCGGCAUGGCCGGCGACCUCUCCGCGCUCUGCGGCGUCCACGUCGCCGUCGUCGUCUUUUCACGCUCCGCGCGCGGCAACGCCUACGCCUUCGGCAGCCCCUCCGUCGACGCCGUCCUCCGACGCUACCACGGCAACGUCCAAGAUGAUGACGACCAUGGUGAUGACGAUGACGAUGCUGGCGCUCUGGCGGGGUUGCGGAGCGAGCUGGACGACACCAAGGCGCGUGUGGAGGCGGAGAAGAAGCGCAUGAAGAAAGUCGAGGCGAACGUGGAGCGGGCCAUGGCGGCAAGGUCAACUGCGCUGUGGUGGCAGGCCGACGUCGAGGCUCUCGGGGCAGCGGAGCUGCCAGAGUUCGAGACGGCGCUCCGGCGGCUCAGGGACACCCUCCUCCGCCGGGUCGACGCGCUGCAGCUACCUCUAGCCGCUGCACCGCCUGCCUACAUGAACAUGUAG